AUGGUUGACGGAAUCCGUAUUGCAGCCGAUUCCAAGAGAGGAAAGUACUAUACUGUAAGAGUCCACUUUUCUCCUGUGUCCAUCAUCAUACUGGAUGAGACUAAGCAUCUGUUCGUGUUCGGUGCAAAGCUAUUUCUUAGCUGGCAAGCAUCCUGCUUGAAAUGGGACGAGAGUGAAUAUGAUGGCAUUGACACAGUUUACGUUAGUAACUUUCCCAUUCCAAACACGGCUAUCGCAAACGGAGUUGGAACACUGAAGCUGGACAAAAACAUCGACGUUAGACUGAGUUCAGACGGGUCGUGUGAAGCAGACUAUCUGGAGACAUUCACCACGAGCUGCAACGUGGACCCGUCCUUGUUCCCAUUUGACGAACAGGUUUGCGAACUGGUGCUCAUUUCUGACGGAUCAUUCACGCUAGUUGCCGACGAAGAAGUCGGCAUCAAACACGAGGUUUUCACGAACAGCAGCGAGUGGGAAGUCUUGAAGGUGACUGCCGAGACGCGGGAAUACGAAUCCCACGGCAUACAGCUUGCGUCAGCCGUGUUUAAAUUCCACCUCAAGCGACAGAGUACCUUCCAUGUCAUCACCGUCCUGUUUCCGAUGGCCCUACUCUCCUUCAUGAACACGUUUGCGUUUCUGUUGCCCUAUGCUUCUGGGGAAAAAAUGUCUUAUCUGGUGUCGAUAUUCGUCUCAUAUGCCAUGUUUCUGAAUUUCAUCUACGACUCCAUGCCGCAGUCGGGAACUGUCACCAGAAUGGCAAUUUAUCUCGUACUUAUACUUCUACAAAGCGGGCUGGCUAUUCUGUUCACAAUCAUACUCUUUGGAAUACGCUUAAAUUCAAAAGGACAAAAAGAACGAUUUGUCAGAAAAGUAGAAAUUAUACUGUUUGGUUUGUUCUUUAUAGUAGCCUCGCUUUCCUUGCUAGUGUUUUUCUAA